CAAAAUCAUCGUUAUGGUCCUUAUCGAUGCUCAAUUCAUAUUGUACGCUUAGUAGGAGCUGUGUCGGUCAAUAUAAGAUCCCCAGCCCCAACGCAUUACGACAUGAGAGUACGGACAAUAACAACAUAACUCAUACACUGUUCUAAGCUCAAUCACAAACCUGGGAUCCUCUAGCUCAAAACUUGACCUAAUUAUAUCUACGCCUAUAUAUGGUAAACAAGCCCUAACGAAAACUAGAUGAAAAUAAAAAGAAGCGAGGACAACAUGAAGCUGCUAAGUUGGAUGCGAACUAUAAACCGAAGUGGCUUCGAUCCAUCAAAGGAGUUCAAAGGUAGUUUCUGUUGUCUAAGAGCUCAGGUGUCCCAUGAAGUCCAAGACAUCCGAACAAACUCAUUCUCCUUCUCCAGACAAUCUCAAGACCCGACUCCACUGAAAACUGGUGAGGAACUUUGGUCUGACGAAGGCGGGUUCAGCGGCUUUCUGGCGAUAGGGACGCUCGGUAGAGAUCCUGAAACACCAAAAUUCAUAGCUUCCACUGCGGAAGAUGAUGUAACCGGAGCAAAGGAAGAGAUGGCAAAGCUCGUUACUGAGAAACUAGACAAGUUUCUUGAGGAAUAUCCUGAGGAUAAUAGCAGUAAAGAAGUAGAGAGAUCCAAGGCAGAAGGAUUUAUAGAUUCAGAUGCAUGUCCUUCACAAGUUUAUGAUCUCUUUCAAUCAUCAACUGAGGCUACGAAGAGAAGCAAAGUGAAGAAGGUAAAGGGUUUACUUAAAAGCCUCUUCAAGAGAAGAAAGGCAUUAGAAAGAGAGUGUAACUCAAUGGAGAAACAUGGAACAAGAGAUUUGAUUAAAAGGAUAUUUAAAAAGUUCCACGGUUCUCCUUCAAAGACGAGAAAUGAUGAUGAUAAUUCCAUGCACACGAAGAAAGAUAUAAGAAAGAGUGUCCAAAUCUUCCAACGUAAAGUCCAUCCUGUUAUGCGUACACCUGAAAGAGACGGUAACGAGAUAGAUGACAGAAGAAGCUGCAAUCUCAAGAUCCCAAAUCUUAAUGGAGGGUUUCUCGUUCCAAGUUCCAUCUCGAAAGUGAACAAGAAAACAGAAAAUUGGAUCAAGACUGACGAAGAGUAUCAUGUUCUGGAACUGUGAUUGUGAGGAUCAACACAUUGCAACAAACCUCCGUUGAUGUUCCAAGCAAAGUUCUCUCCUAUAUAUAUAUAUAUACACACACGUAUCUAUAAAAUAAUUGUCUAGUAGUGUGUAGUCAGAUGUACGACUCUUCGGAUACAGAACUUCCUGGUUAUUCAAAAAAAAAUAUAUGUAUAUAUAUAUAAAAUUAUAUACACAUAUUUACAAAUCAUUGGCUCAAAUGUGUGGUCAGAAGGUUAUGUAUUCUAGUUUAGUGUAUUGAAUAAAAAAACUUCAUUUCGUAUUAAAGU